AUGACGCAGCGACGACCUGCAGAAGGGACCGACAAGUCGCCAUCAACGUGGAUGAAGAUGAUCUCCUCGACGUUUCUAGGCGACGGAUCGAACUCCUCCGUCUUUGCUCGACGCUCUUCCGCUAGUACAACAGGAGGCAGUACCGGCGUUUCUCCGGAAUCGCUCCACCAAUGGGCCAACCUUCAAGCUGAAAACCGACUGAAUCCAACACCAGAGCUCAAAAUCGCGCUGGUCGGCGGACCUGCCGUGGGCAAGACAAGCAUCGUACGACGCUGGCUCCAGCGCUCGUAUUGUACCACAUACUCUCAUACAAUUGGAGUGGACGUGAGUACGAUGAUGUACAAACAUUGCAACCAAGAGCUGCUGCUGCAUGUGUGGGACGUCUCGAGUGCUGAAGUCGAUGCCAGCGCGUCAUCACUGCACUCGUUGCUGUGCGAGGAUCUGGAUGGCAUCUUUUUUGUCUUCAACGUGCAUCGUGUGAGCUCCAUUGCAGCUAUUGACAAAUGGCGGCACUGUCUGUCCAAGUACCUGUCGCCGAGGGAGACCCCGUGCUUUUUGAUCUCGCACAAGGCCGAUUUGUUGCAGAAACGCGUCAUGACAAGUGACGAUAUUGCUACGUAUGCGAGGGCGGCAGGGUACAAAUGCUGGAUGUGGACGGUUGGCAAGUCAACUUUCGGUGAGAACGAAAAGAAUCCGGCCGUGAAGGAAGCGCUGGAGCGGAUGGUAGAGUUCAUUUGCAGGGAUCGCAUUGCGAUGGAGCAUGCUCGACUCUCGCGUUUGGAAAAACCACGGGGUAUUCUGGAGACAUGUGGUGCCCCAGCACGCCUGGAAGUCAUUCGCACUGACAGCGCGUUGCAUCUCUUUCCGUCUUCUUUACUGCGGAUCCCUACAAAAGCAAUUACGACGCUACCACGUGAUGAAAACAUGUCGGUGACUUACGAAAGAUCGAUGUCCAAUGAUGGAGAGAUGAAGAAUGACAUCACAUCACACGUGACGGAUCCAUUGGGCUUAAACGAUCGCCCUCUCACUUACGGUGGAAGCUGGAUAAUGGGUAGUGACAAAGGCGUCUACCUACGCGCCACCAGCAGCAGCAUUCUUUGCAAUAACGAGACUGAUGAUGACUCUGAGUCAGUCGAUGAGUUUCAAUUCCCAUUUUCCGGUCUGCGAGAGAUGAACGAAGAGGAAGAUGCUGCCGCUGCAGCUGAGUCUCAUAGGCGCGAGAAAGAAGAAGAAGCUCUGGAGCGACGUCGAGAAGAAGAAAGAGCUGAGAGAGAUCGACGCAACGACCAGGAGGCAUGGAGUUUUUUUGCUGGCAGCAUUAGCCGAAAUCGUGCCGAAGCUCUUCUUGAAAACCGAGAGCAAGGCACUUUUUUGCUUCGUCGUAAGGAUGCACGGACACUGGUUUUGUCCUACGUGGGGCCUGAUCAUGUGCAUCAUGUGCUUAUUGAGUUCUCGAACCAGCGAUAUCACGUUGGCUCAUCGAAAGCAUCGCUAGCGACAUCGUGCAGCACGCUUUGGAAGUGCAUACGAAGUGUGCGACGCUAUGCAUAUCGAGGGCUCGUGUUUACUCGCAACGCGCGUUUCAGUGUACUUCACAAGAACGAGCUACUGCCUGAGGACAAGAGUGCUCUAUCUGUGAGUAUUCCUGAUACUGUCACGCAUAUUGUGGAACCAGCAAUGCCAAGCGUUUGGCAUACCCGAACGCAAAGUGGAUCAAACAGCUCCUUGGGUGAGCAUAGCAACAGCAGCAACAGUCACCAAAUGUCUCCCAUCGCAGCACUUUGGCAAGCUCGCCAUACACCCAGUCUGCAAGCCGAUCAAGAGCAAGUGGACAUCCCGCCGCAGACUUGUAUCGACGAGUUGAGUGGCGAAUUCUACGACCACCUGGCCGAGCGGUUGGCACAUUUGGUUGAGCAGCAGAAGACAGAAAAACUUGGAGGAGAUGUCGACAACAGUAGCAGUCUAUCUGAGGACAUUGGUCCACUCUUGGGAAUGGUGGAGCAAGAAAAGCGCGAGCUGCACCAGGUGUGUAGCAACACUGCCGAGAACCAAUGGCACAAACUUGUCAGGACAAUGGAAGCCUGGAACCGCAUUGUCUUGAAUCUGGAGCUCACCGCGCUAAAAGCGACCUGA